GGCUCCGGGGGGCUCCGGGGGGGCUCCCACCAUGUCGGGAGAGGAGGAGGCGAGCGAGCUCACCAUCGCCGAGGACCUGGUGGUGACCAAGUACAAGAUGGGGGGGGACAUCGCCAACCGAGUCCUGCGCUCCGUGGUGGAGGCGGCGAAUCCCGGCGCGUCCGUGCUCUGCCUGUGCGAGAAGGGCGACUCCAUGAUCAUGGAAGAGACCGGGAAAAUCUUCAAGAAAGAAAAGGAAAUGAAGAAAGGAAUCGCUUUCCCGACGAGUAUAUCCGUAAAUAACUGCGUGUGUCACUUCUCCCCGCUCAAGAGCGACCAGGAUUACAUCCUCAAGGACGGAGACCUGGUCAAAAUUGACCUGGGCGUGCACGUGGACGGAUUCAUCGCUAACGUGGCUCACACCUUCGUCAUCGGCGCCUCCAAGGAAAAUCCCGUCUGCGGCCGCAAAGCCGACGUGGUCAAGGCGGCUCAUCUGUGCGCCGAGGCCGCCCUGCGGCUCGUGAAACCCGGGAAUCAGAACACACAAGUGACGGAGGCCUGGAAUAAAAUCGCCCACGCGUUCCACUGCACUCCCAUUGAAGGGAUGCUGUCGCACCAGCUGAAGCAGCACGUGAUCGACGGGGAGAAAACGAUCAUCCAGAACCCCUCGGACCAGCAGAAGAAGGACCACGAAAAAGCCGAAUUCGAGGUGCACGAAGUCUACGCCGUCGACGUCCUCGUCAGCAGCGGCGAGGGAAAGGCGAAGGACGCGGGGCAGAGAACCACGAUUUACAAGCGGGACCCCUCCAAGCAGUACGGGCUGAAGAUGAAAACCUCGCGCGCCUUCUUCAGCGAGGUGGAGCGGCGCUUCGACACCAUGCCCUUCACCCUCCGGGCGCUGGAGGAUGAGAAGAAGGCGCGCAUGGGCGUGGUGGAGUGCGCCAAGCACGAGCUGCUGCAGCCAUUCAACGUCCUCUACGAGAAGGAAGGCGAGUUCGUGGCCCAGUUCAAGUUCACGGUGCUGCUGAUGCCCAACGGCCCCAUGAGGAUCACGAGCGGCCCCUUCGAGCCCGAGCUCUACAAAUCCGACCUGGAGGUGCAGGACGGGGAGCUCAAGGCCCUUCUACAAAGCUCUGCCAGCCGCAAGACCCAGAAAAAGAAGAAAAAGAAGGCUUCCAAAAACGCGGAAAACGCCACCACGGGGGAGACGGCGGAGGAGAACGAGGCCGGCGACUGAGAACCCACUUGGAGUUCUCAAAUCGCCCCUUUUUUCCCCCAAAAAAAACAAACAAAA